AUGGCAGAGCUAAUCUGCUCAGUCGGAGGACAAGGGAUUGCGUCCGGAUUUCGCGACGCCAUUUCACUAGCAUGGCGACUUACUCUGCUAUGUCACCAUCAUCCAACCACCCCCCGAUUCCACGAACAAGUCCUCGCUGCGUGGUAUCAGGAACGAAAGCAGCAACUUGAGAAGUCUCUGGCUUCGACCAUCGAGAACGGGAAGUUUGUGUGCGAAGCCCACUUCGGCAAGAUCCUUGUACGGGACUGGUAUCUUUGGCUUGUUCAGUUAGUUCCUAGCUGGAAGCGCCACCUCCAGUUGGGGCAACGAAAGGACGGGCUGAUCCGGUAUGUACAUUCUGAAGGCAUGCCCUUUUUGCCGGAGCUCAACGGAGGCCUGAACCUACCUCAAGUCUUCUGCAAGGAUAUGAACGGAAAAGUAUUUUUCACAGACGAUGUCAUCUUCCGAUGUAAGCAAACGAGUAUCUUCCGGCUAUUCGUUUAUAUGCGCAAUGAUGAGGAGCUAGCGUUUACUCGGACGGUUCUGCGGGCAGUGGAGGAGCUAUCACGAGGCGAAUUUGCUGCCGACCACGUUCCCUUCGUCAUUGAAAAGAUCACUAAACACGGAGCUGAAAAUGACACGAACCUGUUUCAGAUCGCUAGCGCUGAAGAGUUUGCCCGGUCACCGCUCUGUCGUGGCCGCCCCGAGCCUACUUAUUAUGAACCAUUCCUGAUUCGCAGGGAGGUGCGCGCAAGGUAUAUCAUUGUGCGUCCAGAUCGAAUUGUCUUUGCAGCUUGUGAAGAUGAGCAAAGUUUGAAGACGGCUAUUGGUCGUAUCAAGGACAUCCUGCGUUGCUAG